GACAACAGAGACAGCAUGGAUAGCACGGUUGCACUGUACAAACAGCUGAAAACGGAAUGGACCAAGUCGCCAAUCAAUCUGAAACUGUGUGGCACAAUCCUGGACAAACUGAAGGUGGCCCUUGCCGGAAUGUCUUACAUUCCCACCGGGAACACGCCGGCCAACCAGCAGGAACUGCUCAUCGCAAGAGAUGUCCUCGAGAUCGGUGUGGAGUAUAGUAUCGCCACCAAAAACAUCCCGGCGUUCGAGCGUUACAUCCUGCAGCUGAAGUGGUUCUACUACGAUUACAACACAUUGAUUGGAGAGUCCAAGAACAAGUACCAGCUGCUGGGAUUAAAUUUGCUGUUUCUGCUAUCUCAGAACCGGGUAGCCGAGUUCCACACCGAACUCGAACUGCUGCCCGCCGAUAUUAUACAAACAAACGCCUUCAUCCGGCAUCCGCUAGCACUGGAACAGUAUCUCAUGGAGGGACGGUACAACAAAAUUUUCCAAGCGAAGGGUAAUGUGCCGGCGGAAAGUUACAACUUUUUCAUCGACAUCCUGCUGCAAACGGUACGCAACGAGAUCGGUGCCUGUUUGGAAAGUUCGUACGAGCGGAUCUCGCUGCAGGAAGCAGCCAAGCGGUUGAACCUCAAGACGAAGGAGGAGGUGAAACAGUUCGGUGAACAGAAGGGAUGGAAGAUGAGUCCGGAUGGGUUCUAUCAUUUCGUGAAUGAGCUAGCCAAACCGAAGGAACCGAUACCAUCGCAGGAACUCGCCGAACAAGCGAUCAUGUACGCACGUGAGCUGGAAAUGAUCGUUUAGAUCGGGGUGUGACGCUUUCGUUUCGA